AAAAAAAAAAAAAAUACAAAAAUAUGGCAACACCAUUUCUUAUUGGAGUAGGGAUAGGAACAGCUGGUAGAUUUUCGAUAAAAGCUACACAGAAAUAUAAACCAUCAAGAACUAUUAGAAGUGUAUAUUAUAAAGGAGGGUUUGAUAAUGAAAUGAAUAAACGAGAAGCUGCCUUAAUUUUAGGCUUAAAAGAAAGAGAUAUUAAUAGAGCUAAAAUUAAAGAGGCUUAUAGAAAAACUUUGAUGCUUAAUCAUCCUGAUAAAGGUGGUUCUCCUUAUUUAGCUAGUAAAAUUAUUGAAGCUAAGAAUUUUCUUGAAAAAGUUGUUAGAAAAUAAUGAAAAAUAUUUGUCUUUUAACAAAAAUUUAUAUUAAUAAUAUAUAAUACAAUAGAUUUAGCUUUUCAGAUAUUAAUAGAGCUAAAAUUAAAGUGUCUCAUAGGAUAAUUAAUUGUGCAUUCUGAUAGAGGUUUGUUUUCCAAGUAAAAUUAAUGAAGCAAAUAG